CGCGGACGCAGUGAUGUCGCCGGGGGAUUAAACGGGGUGGAGGUGAUGUCACCGUGCCUGCACAGCACAACACACACACACACACACCCCCGGAGGAGCGGUGCUGCCAAGGGAGCGCGAUCGGCCCCACGUCACUCGUGCCACCGGUAUAAAUGCGGUCCCGCGAUGUCCAUGGCUGUCGGCGCGGCGGCUCCCGACACUUGCCUGCAGCCGGGGCGCGGCGGAGCAGGAGGAGGAGGAAGAGGAGGAGGAGGAGGAAGAGGAGGAUGCUGCGCGCCUUGGUGGCGGUGUCCCUCUGGCUGCGGGUGAGCCCGCGGGCGCAGGGCGCGCCGUGCGAGGCGGUGCGCAUCCCCAUGUGCCGGUCCAUGCCUUGGAACAUCACCCGCAUGCCCAACCACCUCCACCACAGCACCCAGGAAAACGCCGUCCUCGCCAUCGAGCAGUACGAGGAGCUGGUGGCCACCGGCUGCAGCCCGGUCCUCUCCUUCUUCCUCUGCGCCAUGUACGCCCCUAUCUGCACCCUGGAGUUCCUCUACGACCCCAUCAAGCCGUGCCGCUCCGUCUGCCAGCGCGCCCGCGACGGCUGCGAGCCCAUCAUGCGCCGCUACAACCACAGCUGGCCCGAGAGCCUCGCCUGCGACGACCUCCCCGUCUACGACCGCGGCGUCUGCAUCUCCCCCGAAGCCAUCGUUACCGACCUGCCGGAGGAUGUGAAGUGGACAGACUUCACGCAGGGUGUGCUGGUGCCCCCGGAGCCCGACUGCAGGAGCCGCGGCCAGGAGCGAUGCAGGUGCAAAAAGACAAAGCCAACGCUGUCGACUUACCUGGCCAAGAACUACAGCUACAUCAUUCACGCCAAAGUAAAAAGUGUGGAAAGAGGGAACUGCAAUGAAAUAACCACUGUGGUUGAAGUCAGGGACAUCCUGAAGUCUUCCACACCGAUUCCUCUGUCCCAAGUGCCUCUUAUUACAAAUUCCUCGUGCCAGUGUCCACCGCUUCAGCCGAAGCAGGAUGUUCUCAUCAUGUGCUAUGAAUGGCGCUCAAGAUUGAUGCUUCUUGAUGGCUGCCUCGUUGAAAAAUGGAAGGAUCAACUGAACAAAAGGUUCAAGCGGUGGGAACAGAGACUGCAAGAACAGAAGCUGCGAAGGGCCCGCAGUAAGAACCAGAAUGCAGGACGCAGUGCUCACAGUGGACCCCCAAAACCAUCAGCCAAAAACACCAACCCGCUGGUCAGUGGCCCCAAAAAGGCCACGAAGAUAAGAAACGGCCAGAGAGAAAUCAACCCUAAGAAAGUAUGAGCGUGCAAGGGGCAAAAGACUUUUCUUCCUGCACGAUGAGGGUCGCAAUCUGGCUUGGUCAGCAGGUUUUAUUAAUCCAGAACUCAUCGAUUUACAAACUCCUGGCAGUUUCUGCAUAGACCUUUUUGCUGCACUUUACUUUUUCAAGGUUUGCUUUUCCUUUCAAGCCACUGCAAGCCAUAGAGUGUAGGUUUGUGUUAAUGUGUGGCAGGCUUAUUCAGGCUGAGCUUUAUCUUAGGGCUCUGAUUUGCAGUUCUAGCUAGAACUAGCCUUGACUGCCAGUGGUUUUAACUCCUUGUGCCGGUUGCCUGCUCUGCUUCCCUGCCAGAGGUUGGAGAGCUGCAUGGGGCAUCAUUCACAACCAUUCCAUUGCAAACCUGAGCCCUGUGAGUGAAGAGCUCUCUCCUCAGAAAGUGCAUCAGUGUAGUAGCUGGGGAGUUAGUCUGGGAGUAGCCUUCGGAGCUGAAAGGGAUGGUAACCUCUGGCUGAUGCUUCAGGCAGCAAUUAUUGCUGGAGCUGAAUCUAUCUGCUCUUUGGAAUCACAGCCCUUGUUCAAAAGCAUAGUUUACCAGUAAGCACCUGGGUAUGUGUUAUGUGAUUAUUUUAAUGUGUGUGCCAAAAAGUAUGCUUAGGGUUAAUCUGGUGGGUUUGUGUAGAAAACAAAACCAUGCAUUGAAAGCAGGCAUUUCCUUUCUUUAGUUGUUCUUCAGGCUUCUGUUGUAAUGAUUUCAGUUAUAUUUAAGCUCCUCAUUGAAAAAUCAGUAUUUUUUUAAAGGACAGAUUGAAGUGAAGCUGAUCUGCACAGUUCCUGAAAGCAACACUUGUGUGUGCUGUAAUCUAGCUUCUUCAUGAAAACUGGAAUAGAAGCAGUGUUCUAUGUGUAACUGACAGCUACUGUACAGUAUGAAGGCGAAGAUAGGGCUUGGUGUGGCUCAGUGUUCAUUUGGGUAAUUUUUUAUCGUUUGGCACCGUAUUUCUAAGCCUUUCUCUGAUACAAAAUAAAUAAAUAAGUGACUAAAUCAA